UGCGAUAAAUACCAUAAUAUCGAACUUUAUUAGGCACACAGAAGUUGCAAUAUGUAAGCCAUCUGAAGCGAAACAAUCCACUAGACAAAAGCCUAUGAUUGGCUGACAAGGUUCUUGCAAUCACAACAUGGUCACUACUAGUAACAGCGAGCUUAUUCAAUUAAACCUUUGAAAUAGUAGACGCCAAUGCAGGAAAAUGGGACCAAUCUGGUUGAGAUACUGUCGUGCAUAGGAGUAAAGGCCAUGCCUUACUUCAAUGGCCAUGCCAAAAAGGAAGGUGUGUAUGGCGUCAUGAAAAUAGCUGACGGCAAUCACUGGUGCUCCCGCGACUAUGGCAGCGGUGCUGCCAACCCAAACUCCUACCACUACUCGAACAGUGACGGCUCGUACUAUUACUCCAACCCCAAUGGAAGCACCUACCACAACAAUGGCAAUGGUGGCUCCACCCACACCCCUCCCUCGGCCUCGGGUGGUAAGAAGUAAGCAGCAUGUGCACAAUGUUGUCUGAGCAUGGAGGUGAUCGUGGGUUGCAAGGCACAUCUGCUGGGUAGUUAAUGCCUAGGUGCAUCGGUAAUGGAAUGCUGUCACACUUGAAGCUUCCAUACCAUUAAGGGGAUGUAGUCUCCCCGGAGGAGAAUCAAUUACAUUCCGUUGAUCAGUG